UCGUUUUUAUUAAUCAGUUGCUCAGAAAGAAGAAAAUGACACCUGGUCCUGUCUUCUUCUACAUCUUGAUUAUUGGAAAAUAUAUUACUCAUGGAAGCGAACAUGAUGUCAAGUGCUCCCUUGGAUAUUUCCCUUGUGGGAAUAUUACAAAGUGCUUGCCUCAAUUUCUUCACUGUAAUGGUGUGGAUGACUGUGGGAAUCAAGCCGAUGAGGACAACUGUGGAGACAACAAUGGAUGGUCUCUGCAACUUGACAAAUAUUUUGCAAAUUACUACAAAAUGUCUUCUCCAUAUCCCUUUGAGGCAGAAACACGUGACUGCUUGGUCAGUUCCGUGCCCAUGCAAUGUCUUUGCCGAGGUCUAGAGCUUGAAUGUGACAAAGCCAAUUUGCGAGCUGUUCCAUCAGUUUCUUCAAAUGUAACUGUAAUGUCACUUCAAUGGAACGUAAUAAGAAAGCUCCCUCCUGAUGGUUUCAAGAAGUACCAUGAUCUUCAGAAGCUGUGCUUGCAAAACAAUAAAAUUAGAUCUGUAUCCAUGUAUGCUUUCAGAGGACUGUACAGUCUUACUAAACUGUAUCUCAGUCAUAACAGAAUAACCUUCUUAAAGCCUGGUGUUUUUGAAGAUCUCCACAGACUAGAAUGGCUGAUAAUCGAAGAUAAUCACCUCAGUCGAAUAUCCCCACUAACAUUUUAUGGACUAAAUUCUCUUAUACUCUUAGUACUGAUGAAUAAUGCCCUGACAAGUUUGCCUGAUAAACCUCUUUGUCAGCACAUGCCAAGACUACAUUGGCUGGACUUUGAAGGCAACCAUAUCCAUAACUUAAGAAAUUUGACUUUCAUUUCCUGCAGUAAUUUAACUGUUUUGGUAAUGAGGAAAAACAAAAUUAACAACUUAAGUGAAAAUACCUUUGCACCUCUCCAGAAACUAGAUGAAUUGGAUUUAGGAAGUAAUAAGAUUGAAAAUCUUCCACCACAUGUGUUUAAGGAUCUGAAGGAGCUCUCACAAUUGAAUAUUUCCUAUAACCCAAUGCAGAAAAUUCAAGCAAACCAAUUUGGUUAUCUUGUCAAACUCAAGUCACUCAGCCUGGAAGGAAUUGAAAUUUCAAAUAUUCAACAAAAGAUGUUUAGACCUCUUAGGAAUCUCUCCCACAUAUAUUUUAAGAAAUUUCAGUACUGUGGAUAUGCACCUCACGUUCGCAGUUGUAAACCCAACACUGAUGGAAUUUCAUCUCUAGAGAAUCUCUUGGCAAGCAUUAUUCAGAGAGUAUUUGUCUGGGUUGUGUCUGCAGUUACAUGCUUUGGAAACAUCUUUGUCAUUUGUACGCGACCUUGUAUCAGGUCUGAAAAUAAGCUACAUGCCAUGUCAAUCAUUUCUCUCUGCUGUGCCGAUUGUCUAAUGGGAAUAUACUUAUUUAUGAUUGGAGCCUUUGACCUAAAAUUUCGUGGAGAAUACAAUAAGCAUGCCCAGCUAUGGAUGGAGAGUACUUAUUGUCAGCUCUUGGGAUCUUUGGCCAUUCUGUCCACAGAAGUAUCAGUUUUACUUUUAACAUUUCUGACAUUGGAAAAAUAUAUCUGUAUUGUAUAUCCUUUUAGAUGUUUAAGACCUCGAAAAUGCAGAACCAUUACAGUUCUAAUUCUCAUUUGGAUUUUUGGGUUUAUAGUGGCUUUUAUUCCAUUGAGCAAUAAGGAAUUUUUCAAGAACUAUUAUGGCACUAAUGGAGUAUGUUUCCCUCUUCAUUCAGAAGAUACAGAAAGCAUUGGAGCUCAGAUUUAUUCAGUGGCAAUUUUUCUUGGUAUUAACUUGGCGGCAUUUGUCAUCAUAGUUUUUUCCUAUGGAAGCAUGUUCUACAGCGUUCAUCAAAGCACCAUUACAGCAACUGAAAUACAGUAUAAAGUUAAAAAAGAGAUGAUUCUUGCCAAACGUUUUUUCUUUAUUGUAUUUACUGACGCAUUAUGCUGGAUACCCAUUUUUAUACUGAAAUUUCUUUCCCUGCUUCAGGUAGAAAUACCAGGUACCAUAACCUCUUGGGUAGUGAUUUUUAUUCUGCCUAUCAACAGUGCUUUGAACCCAAUUCUCUAUACUCUGACCACAAGACCAUUCAAAGAAAUGAUCCAUCAGGUUUGGUGUAACUAUAAGCAAAGAAGGUCUAUUGACAGCAAAGGUAGUCAGAAAACAUAUGCUCCAUCAUUCAUAUGGGUGGAAAUGUGGCCACUGCAGGAGAUGCAGUCUGAGUUAAUGAAGCCGGCUCUUUUCACAGACCCCUGUGAAAUGUCACUCAUUUCUCAAUCAACUAGACUCAAUUCCUAUUCAUAACUGACUCUGAAAGACAUCUCUUCACAAGGGAAACUGUGGGGUGCUUCAUCAAGGAUUUACUGGCAUGAA